AUGGUGUCGUUCACCAAGCUUCGUUUCGUCGUCAUCGGCGCCGGCCUGAUCGGGCCCCGCCACGCAAGGACUGCCACGGGCAGCCCGGACACCGAGCUGGUAGCCAUUGAACUUUCUUCCGCCGGCAUCCACAUCCUCGUCGAGAAGCCAUUCAGCACCGACAUCCCGAGCGGCAAGGACCUCCUCCAGCAUCUGUCCACGACAGGCGUCAAGGCCCUCGUUGGACACCACCGCCGCUUCAAUCCCUAUAUGGUCGCAGCGAAAGAGAUCGUCUCCUCAUCUGGCAAGCUUGGCAAAGUGCUCGCUAUCAACGGAAUGUGGACACUAUACAAGUCCUUGGACUACUACCAGCCGCCUACAGCUUGGCGGCAGGACAAGACCGGUGGCGUUGUUCUGAUCAACAUGAUUCACGAGGUUGAUCUCCUGCACUACCUUAUGGGACCCAUCACUACCGUGUAUAGGGAGAAGAUCGAGUCGCAAAGUGGCCUCGACGCGGAGGAGGGCGCAGCUCUCACACUGAGAUUCAAUUCCAGUGCCGUCGGCUCUUUCCUCGUGGCGGACAACCUGCCCUCACUGUAUAACUUCGAGUCUGGCACUGGCGAGAACCCCCUGAUUCCCAAAGCGGGACAGAACGUCGACCGCGUGUUUGGGACGGAUAGGAGCGUGAGUGUUCCGGAAAUGUCCGUCUGGUCGUACAAGGGGGAGAAAUCUUGGAGCAGCGAGCUGUCCAGAGAGGUCGUUCCCGUCCCAGAGGGCGUUCCUUCCGAGCUGCAGCUGAACCACUUCUUCAAGGUCAUCCGAGGGGAGGAAGCGCUCAGCUGCACAGCACAGGCGGGACUCGCGGCGCUUUUGGUUUGCGAGGCUAUCAGGAAGGCAUUGGAAGGGAACUCGACCGUCAAUAUCGAGCCCUAUAGCUUGUAG